CGGCACCUACACACCCACACACCCAGAGGCAGAGCAGCAGCAGAGAGACAGUAACAGACCCUCACAACCACAGAGAGCCACAUGGAGACAUAGACACACACACACACACACACAGCCUGAAGCAGCAGCAGAGACACAGCAGCACAACACACACACACACACACAGCCCCCACUAUGGAGCCGCUACAUAAAGAAGAGAAGCGAAAUCCCAUGGAGACGGCGAAUCUCUUCUCUCACAUCUUUUUCUGUUGGUUAAAUCCACUUUUUCAAAUUGGAUACAGAAGGAGACUCGAGGAGGAAGAUAUGUACAAAGUGCUUCCAGAAGAUGGCUCGGAGAUGUUGGGAGAGGAAUUGCAAAGGCAUUGGGAUCAAGAAGUCCAGGUGGCUGAAAAAGAGGCUCGAAAUCCCCAUCUUGGCAAAGCCAUUUUAAAAUGUUUUUGGAAGUCUUACAUUGUAUUAGGGGCAUUCACGUUUGUAGAGGAAACAAUCAGAGUUGCUCAGCCUAUUCUGUUGGGGAAAAUCAUUCUCUACUUUGAAAACAACGAUCCUGAUGAUGUUGUAAAACGAGGCGUUGCCUUUAGCUAUGCUGGUGGUGUGUCGCUUUGUACACUGGCACUGGCCAUUCUACAUCACCUGUAUUUUUUCCACGUACAAAGGGCUGGAAUGAAGCUGAGAGUAGCAAUGUGUCAUAUGAUUUAUAGAAAGGCUCUUCGUCUCAAUAAUGUUGCAUUGGGAAAAACAACUACAGGUCAAAUAGUAAAUCUGUUGUCGAAUGAUGUAAACAAGUUUGAUCAGGCGACUAUAUUCUUGCAUUUCCUAUGGGUUGGGCCACUGCAAGCCAUUGCCGUAAUAGCACUGCUCUGGCAGGAAAUAGGGCCAUCGUGCUUGGCAGGAGUGGUUAUACUGCUUAUUCUGAUGCCUGUGCAAACUAUCUGUGGAAAACUGUUUUCGGUACUAAGAGGCAAGACUGCAGUGUUGACAGAUAAUAGGAUUCGCACCAUGAAUGAGGUUAUAUCGGCAAUGCGAAUCAUCAAGAUGUAUGCAUGGGAAAAGCCUUUUGCUAAUUUGAUUGAUCAAAUUAGAAAGAAGGAGAUAUCCCAAAUUUUGAAAAGCUCUUAUCUGCGUGGAUUGAACAUGGCCUCGUUCUUCAUUGCUAGCAAGAUGAUAUUGUUCUUUACAUUUACCGUAUAUGUACUACUGGGCAACCCUAUUACAGCAAGCCGUGUGUUUGUCACAGUGUCACUUUACAAUGCUGUGAGACUCACAGUCACCCUGUUCUUCCCAUCAGCUAUUCAGACAGUUUCUGAGGGAUUAAUCAGCAUAAAAAGGAUAAAGAGAUUCUUGAUUCUUGAAGAAAUUAAAAAGCCUCAUGAAGAGGCACAUAAUAUUGAAAAAAAGGAUCGUUCAGUUGAUGUACAAGACCUCACCUGUUACUGGGACAAGACUAUAGAAACUCCGUCACUCCAAAAUAUUAGGUUUACUGUCAAACCAGGGGAGCUUCUCGCUGUGAUUGGACCUGUGGGAGCUGGUAAAACGUCCAUUCUUGGUGCAAUACUUGGAGAACUGUCAAAGGACAGUGGCAUCAUAAACAUCAAAGGCAAAAUAGCUUAUUGUGCUCAAAAACCAUGGGUAUUUCCUGGUACUGUUCGGAGCAACAUCAUAUUUGGCAAGGAAUUCCAGAAAGCAAAGUAUGAAAAGGUUAUCACAGUGUGUGCCCUGAAGAAAGAUAUGCAGAUGCUUCAAGAUGGUGACCUGACCCAGAUUGGAGAUCGUGGAGUCACACUCAGUGGGGGACAGAAAGCUCGAGUGAAUUUGGCGAGAGCGGUUUAUCAGGAUGCUGAUAUCUACUUACUUGAUGAUCCUCUGAGUGCAGUAGAUGCAGAAGUUGGGAGGCACCUGUUUGAACAGUGUAUCACUGGGAUUUUGCAAAAUAAGCCUCGCAUUUUGGUGACGCAUCAACUUCAAUAUCUAAGUGCAGCUACCCACAUUCUGAUAAUAAAAGAGGGCAAGGUAGUUCAAAAGGGGACGUUCACAGAACUAUUGAAAUCUGGAGUUGAUUUUGCUUCUCUGCUGAAACAUGAAGAGGAGGAUGAAUCGACAGGCCUUGAACCCAUGUUAAAGUCAACCAGGAAUCGCACUCUCUCUCAGACUUCUAUCUUGUCAUUGGGCUCUCUGGGCUCCUCUGCACAAUCAAUCCAAGAGUGUAUACUUGAACCAGUGGGAGAGCCAGUACUAUCAGCAACACCGGAAGAGAGCCGUUCUGAGGGAUCAGUUGGUUUUCAGAUUUAUAAGAAGUAUUUUUCAGCAGGAGCCAGUACUUUUGUGCUGUUUUUUCUUCUUGUCCUCAGUUUGUUGGCACAGGCAUCCUAUGUGCUUCAAGACUGGUGGUUGUCAUACUGGGCUGCAAAUCAAGAACAGUUGAACAUUACUGAAUUACUCAAUCAAAAUCAAACUGUUAUGGAACUGGAUCUUGGCUUCUAUUUAGGAACAUACGCAGGUUUGACGCUGGCUGUGAUACUGUUUGGAAUUGUCCGAAGUUUAAUGAUUUUCGAAGUUCUGGUUAAUUCAUCACAAGAAUUACACAACAGGAUGUUCAAUUCCAUUAUAAGGGCUCCUGUUUUAUUCUUUGACCAAAAUCCUAUUGGUCGAAUCCUGAACCGCUUCUCAAAAGACAUCGGACAUCUGGAUGACUUGCUUCCCUACACUUGUUUGGAUUUUUCACAGACGUUUCUUCAGAUCCUGGGUGUGGUAGCUGUGGCAGUAUCUAUUAUUCCUUGGAUACUCAUUUCAGUUUGUCCACUCUUCAUUGUGUUCUUUUACCUCCGCCGCUAUUUCCUACAAACUUCACGCGACAUUAAACGUAUGGAGUCGACAACUCGAAGUCCGGCAUUCUCCCACCUGUCUUCAUCUCUAGAAGGGAUUUGGACUAUCCGUGCUACAAAAACUGAGCCUCAGUUUCAAGCAAAAUUUGAUGACCAUCAAGAUCUCCAUUCAGAGGCUUGGUUCCUGUUUCUGACUACCUCACGUUGGUUUGCCGUGCGAUUGGAUGUACUUUGUGCCAUUUUUGUCACCACUGUUGCUUUUGGUUCUAUUUUAAUUGCGAACCAAAUAAAUUCAGGACAGGUUGGCUUGGCUCUCUCUUAUGCUAUCACCUUAAUGGGCAUGUUCCAAUGGGGAGUACGGCAAAGUGCUGAAGUUGAAAAUCUGAUGACUUCAGUGGAACGAGUGCUUGAAUACACUGAACUUCAAAGUGAAGCCGCAUGGGAAUCAUCUAAACCCCCACCAAAAGACUGGCCAAACAAAGGGACAGUGGUAUUCGACGGAGUCAACUUUAGCUACAGUGUUAAUGCUGAUCCAGUUCUUAAGAACUUGAAUCUAACCAUCAGAUCAAAAGAAAAGGUUGGGCUUGUCGGAAGGACAGGUGCUGGAAAGAGUUCUUUAAUCGCAGCCUUGUUUCGCCUGGCUGAACCUGAAGGAAAAAUCAUGAUUGAUGGCAUUCUGACCUCAGAACUCGGCUUGCAUGAGCUGCGGCAAAACAUGUCUAUCAUUCCUCAGGAUCCUGUUCUGUUUACUGGUUCGAUGAGGAAGAACCUGGACCCAUUUAAUGAACAUGAUGAUGAAGCACUGUGGCGUGCAUUGGAAGAGGUACAGCUAAAGGAGGUGGUGGAAGAAUUGCCACAUAAGAUGGAGAUGCAACUGGCUGAGUCUGGCUCCAAUUUCAGUGUUGGACAGAGGCAAUUAGUGUGCCUCGCCAGAGCGAUCCUUAGAAAAAGCAAAAUACUUAUCAUUGAUGAAGCAACAGCAAAUGUGGACCCUAGAACGGAUGAGCUAAUUCAGAAGACAAUUCGAGAGAGGUUUGAGCAGUGUACAGUACUCACGAUUGCACAUCGGCUUAAUACCAUCAUUGACAGCGAUAGAAUCCUGGUGUUGGAUGCAGGAAGAGUCACAGAAUAUGAUGAACCCUAUCUUCUUCUAAAGAACAACAAUGGUCAGUUCUCCAAGAUGGUGCAACACUUGGGCAAAGCUGAAAUGGCAUCUUUGUUUGAGAUCGCCAAAAAGGUAUAUUUGAGAAAGACUACUUCAGAAAGAACACAAUAUAGUGAAACACAAGUCAAUGGUUCAGCGAUUGUAUCAUCCGACAAUAUUCUCUUUGAGACAGCGCUGUGAAAAGAAGAAGUAUACUGGAGUUGUGCGUCUCUGGUUUACAACAGUAUAAAAGCCUCUUAAGGCGUAAUAUUUUUCUGAAAAGAUUUUCUAGCCUGAAGAAAAGCCAUUUGUGAUGAUAAAGAUUUGCACAAAACAAGUUGCAUCUUUCAGUUACUGGGCCUGUUUACUAGUUUGUUGCAUUUACCAGGUCUUAAUGUGAGUCCACAACAAAGUUGCACUUAUUUCAUCUUUUUCUUUGUUUGCUUGCAAUGGACUCUAAAUCCUUAAACAGGCAAUAGUCUGUCAAAUACAAAUGGAACUUUUUUUAGGAAUAAAUUGUGGAAAAAUAUAUACAAAAUUUGGAAUUGGGAAAGAAGGAGAGAGAGGAAGAGAAAUGUGCCCCCUUGCUAAUUUAUUCUUGGUUACCUGCCAAAAACAAUAACUCCUAUUGCCAAAUAAAAUCAGGGAGAACGUCCAAUACAAAUACAGUACUGUUCUUUCCACGUAACCUAUAGUUUAGUGUUUUUUUCUUGAAAAAUACAGAGCUUGGAGACCAAGACUUCCAUUUUC